UUGUAGUUCAUCUUUCCGCCACUGCGGGCGCUAAAGAGGAGAGACACGUCAUCGAUGAUCGCAGUAGAAGAAGAAGAAGACUUCCGGUGAAAACAAACACGUGAGGAAAAGGAGAAAAAGUCAGCAGCUGUCAUGACCAGGUGGGCAAGAGCCAACAAUGUCCACAGACACAAACCAGCAGAGGCCACGCCCUGGAGUCAGCUGAGGGGGCGGGGCUCCGGGGGCGGGGCUCAUGGCGCUCCUCUGAGGAGGACUCAGGCCAGCAGCUCCUCGGCAAAGAGUCGGAAGAAGAAGGACUACACCAAUGAGGAUGUGAAUGGAUUCCUGCAGUAUCUGAAGGAGAAGGGAGCCCCUCUGCCUGCAGGGGGGCAGGAGCGGCAGAAGGGGGGGCAGGAGCUCGUGCAGGAGGUGGGGGAGGCUCUGAGGAAAGACCAGAGGAGGGAGACCCGGAGAGUGAAGAGGCAGACGGACAAGAAGAACAAAAUGCUCUGCUUCAACUGCAGGAAGCCGGGUCACGGUCUGGCCGACUGUCCGGAGGCCGACGCCGACCGGGAGAUGGGCCGAGGCAUCUGCUACCGCUGCGGCUCCACCGAGCACGAGAUCCACAAAUGCAGAGCCAAAGUGGACCCGGCUCUGGGAGAUUAUCCGUAUGCCAAGUGCUUCAUCUGCGGUCAAACCGGCCACCUGUCGCGCUCCUGUCCGGACAACCCCAAAGGACUUUACGCAGAAGGAGGUUCCUGUCGUCUUUGCGGGUCGGUGGAACAUUUCCAGAAGGACUGUCCCGAGCAUCAAGCUGCCACUCACUCCGUGACUUUGGCAUGGUUGUCCAACAACAUGAGCGCCGACCACGAGGACGUGCACGUUCCGGUGAAGAAGGCCAAACCCAAGCAGACCAAAGUGGUGACGUUCUGACCUCCGCCUGCGUCACAUGACCGCCUCUCCUCCUGGGCGACUUCUCGGACCUUCUGGGUUCUGGUUCGGAUGAGAGAUCAAAGGCUGAGCCUCUUUAAAGGAACAUCUGCUCCUCUUCAUCAGUCUCAGCGUCUCCUGGUGUGGGAUGAAGGCUGCUCCCUGUUCACAUCUGUCGGUUUGACGGUGACGGAACUGAAACGUCCUGCCGAUGAGCUGCGUGCAAUGCAUGCUGGGAGUCCGAUAGCCGGAAGUACAGAGAGCUCAAGAAAUGCAAAAACAGUAGAAGUUGGGCAGCCAACAUUUUCUCUGUAGCAGAUUUCUGAGGGACCUCUGCUGCUAAAAUAGAAGCUGGCUACAGAAAAGCCUGUGUGUUUAAUGUAAAGAUGUAUAGCAUAAAUGGGUUUGACCAAAGCUCAAUAAAACCAGAGGAACAGCAGGCUUAAA